GCGUAAUGCAUUGUGGGAUACGGAGGUCAACUGUGGUUCAUUUCUGCUCGCUUUUCGGGGGAAACGAAAUCGAGAAAAGGGGGCAGACUGUGAAGGAGAAUGAACACAACUAAAGCGCGCUUUAUUAAUCCGAACGAAUGCGGGAUUGGGGCGUCUGCGCACUUAAACGCUUAAGAAAUAUUUACGGAAAUGUGGAUGGCUGUACCUAGUAGCACUCGGAAACUUCUGCCUUCAAGAAAAUGAACGCCGUCGCGGGGAAGGAGUGCAAAAUAUGAAACUUAUUUUGUAAUCUGUCAGUGGGUAGGGGACAUCUAGAGAUUAUCUGUGACUCAAUUUAUAUGCCAGCUGUGAAAUUGUUUCCUGUUAGAAUAUACCAUGCCCUUCUGGAUAUGUUUGGCUUUAAUGACCCACUGAGUGGAUUUAUGUUUACAAAAUUUCAAGAAUCAAAAGUGAAGAAGAAACGAAGAUAGAAGAUUUCCGUUUCCCACAUUUCAAGCAUUUCCACAACAGACAUUAGGUUUUAAAUCUUCCAUUUUUUUCCAACAUCUUGCUGUGCUGGAUCACUGCCUGUCAUGAGAUUCAGAAUCUACAAGCGGAAGGUUUUUAUAUUGGCUCUCGUUGUCCUGGCCUGUGGCUUUGCCUUUUGGAGUAGUGGGAGGCAAAAGAAGAGUGAACUGUUCUCCAAAGAAGUUGAUAAUGUGAGGAGUAACCGGGUACAUAGCACCUCCGGAAACAGGAGGGUUUUCAAUGAGACACAACCUGAAAAAGUCCAAAAGCCUGAGGUGGACAAUAUGACCCUCGUGUAUCGUGGGAUUGUUUAUCAGCUGAACUUUGACCAGACCAUCAGGAACGUUGAAAAGUUCAAAAUGCGCAGGAAAGAUGAUCUGGUUGUAGUGGUCCAAGUUCACAACAGGCCUGAGUAUUUAAAACUGUUAAUAGAUUCUCUAAGAAAAGCCAAGGGGAUAGAAAAUAUAUUACUAGUAUUUAGCCAUGACUACUGGUCUCCCGAGAUUAACCAAGUGGUCGCCACUGUCGAUUUUUGCCAAGUCCUUCAGAUAUUCUUCCCCUUUAGCAUUCAGCUUUAUCCUCAAGAAUUCCCUGGAAAUGACCCCAAAGACUGCCCGAGAGACAUUCCCAAGAAGGAUGCCUUAAAGUUGGGCUGCAUUAACGCAGAAUAUCCCGAUUCCUUUGGCCACUACAGAGAAGCCAAAUUCUCCCAGACUAAGCACCACUGGUGGUGGAAACUGCACUUUGUUUGGGAAAGAGUAAAAGCCUUAAAAGAUCAUAAUGGCUUGGUUCUGCUCAUUGAAGAGGAUCAUUUCCUCUCACCUGACUUUUACCACCUCCUUCAAAUGAUGUACACUUUGAAGAGAGAGCAGUGUCCUGACUGUGACAUUUUGUCUCUUGGAGGAUAUGCACAUUCCGGCUUUUCCAGUAAGGCCAGCAAAGUGGAGGUGAAAGCUUGGAAGUCAACUGAACACAACAUGGGCAUGGCCAUGACCAGAGAGACUUACCAGCAGCUGAUCCAGUGCACUGACACCUUCUGCACCUAUGAUGACUACAACUGGGACUGGUCCCUGCAGCACCUCACUGUGACUUGUCUGCCCAGGUUUUGGAAGGUCAUGGUCAGUGAAGCCCCAAGAAUCUUCCAUGCUGGAGACUGUGGAAUGCAUCACAAAAAGGCUUGUAUGCCAUCUACCCAGAAGGCUAAAAUAGAAAGUAUUCUGCAGAGUAAUAGCAAUUUGUUGUUUCCAAAGACCUUGCUCAUAAAUACGAAACAACCUUUAGUAGGUGUGUCUCCCCAUGUGAAGAAUGGAGGAUGGGGUGAUAUCAGGGACCAUGAACUCUGUAAGAGCUACCGCAGGCUACAGUGACAUUGAUGUUGGGCGUCAUCUUAAAAGCCUUUUGAAUAUAUAGUUUUUGUUCAUGGACUGUUAAAUGCCUGUUGUUUUAUGGGAUUUUCCCAAAUAUGUGGGAUUUGGACUUCUUCAUGAGUGUCUUUUAAUAACCAAGUAAAAAUUCUUGUGAAAGUUCACAGGAGUUUGAUUAAUUUUAUUAAAGUGGCUCUCUCGAGUUUUGUUUUCCAGUUUUAUGAAAACCUUUUGAACUAAAAAAGUGUUUUAAUUCAUGCUUUUGUUGCAUAAAUGGAGACUGACAUUAUUUUUGUGAAGGAGGAAGAAAAUAUAAUGGUUGAACUGGUAAUCAUAGAGCUAAUGAAAGCACCUCUUGUGUAAAAAAAGUGUAUAGUAUUUCUAAUUCCCUAAAAAAAAAAUAGAAAAUGAGUCAUUAUACAUCUCAGUAUUUUUAAGAAAUUAUACAUGGAGAUAUUGAACUGUCAGGAAGGGUAAUCAAUGACAAAAACUGAUGUUUGACCUCAGUUUAAUUGAAAUACUGUUCAUUUAGGUGUAAAUUGAUUUGACUCCUGAAAAAAUCUGUGAUUUUGAGCUUUUUGAGUUUUUAAGCAUUGCUGUACACUUGUCCUGCUAAGUGUAGACACCCAACAUUGAU